GUCGUCAUUGUUGUUGUUACAUUUUUACCACCCAUCAGCGAGUAUCGUAUUUUUCGCUCAAGAAAUUAUUUUUUCCAGUUCCAGGCUAAAAAAUGCCCCUUUUCGACACGGUACUUCAAGAAAAGCCAGCCAUCGUGCUGGAAAUGGGACACGCUUUCACCAAGCUGGGAUUCGCUGGUGAGCCCCACCCACGCAGCAUCAUUCCGUCGGAGGUGCUGGACCACAAAGCAAAAAGUGCCAGUCAGACCACUCCCAACAAAAAGCUGUUCGAUUAUGCCAGCGAGUCGGAACUGUACGACCAGCUGGUCGAGUUUCUGAAAACCAUUUUCUUCAAGUACGUGCUCGUCAGUCCCAAGGAGCGGAAAGUGGUCAUAGUGGAAUCGGUUCUGUGCCCCACGCAGGUACGGGAAAAUCUGGCAAAGGCGUUGUUCUGCCACUUUGACGUGUCGUCGAUAUUCUACGUUCCGACGCAUUUGGUCAUAUUGGCCACGCUGGCAGUGGACACAGCGCUGGUGGUCGACAUCGGCUACAAGGAAGCGGCCAUUGUUCCUGUGUACAGUGGGGUUCAGGCCGUGUUCGCCUGGGAGGCACAACCCUUGGCGGCGGAAGCCGUCCACGAGCACAUCAAGGGAGAGCUAAUCUUGAACGGCGUGGAGGAGCACCUGCUAACAGAUUAUGUCAUCGAGGACAUCAAGGUGCGUACCUGUUUCGUGACUACCAAGGAGCGUGCGGGCAAAUGGCGUGCGGAGGAAAAAUUUCAGCCCUGUCCGGACGUAGAUUACCCUAUUAAGGGAGAUGAAGUGAUCAAAAUCUCCGGAAUGUUAAGAGAAACCGCUUACGAGGUUCUGUUCCCGGAGGACAAUGACCAUCUGAACCUGGCGAACAUCAUACUGAACUCGAUUCUCAACUGCCCGAAAGACAUGCGGAAAUCCCUGGCCGAGAAUAUUGUCCUCGUGGGUGGUACAACCAUGGUACUAGGAUUGGCAUCCCGUCUCAAAGCCGAACUGACUGCACUGCUCCAGUCGGAUCAGUACCGGGAUAAGCUGUUUUUGAAAACGUUCAAAUUCCACAGCCCUCCGGCGAAGGCGAAUUUUACCGCCUGGCUGGGUGGAUCCAUCUACGGGGCGACGGAUUUGGUUCUGUCGAAAUCGAUCGCUCGGGAAGCGUACAGCAAGAAUCAGCAGCUGCCGGACUUUACCAACUACGAUGAGACACGCUCACAUGGAAGGGUUUAGUGGCAUUAGUAGUAAUCCUCAUUGAAUUAGUCCUAACAUUUUUCCGCACUAUUGGCUUAAUAAAUUAUUAUUUAUGAAUACUCACAUA